GGCGGGGCGCCAGCGGCUGACAGGCAGCGCCGCACCGGAGGCAGCGGCUGCACCGCAGAGGGGACGCAGCCACAGCUCAGCGCCCCCACCCUCGCCGUCCCGGCCAUCGGUCGGGGUCCGCGGGACCUGCGGCGACCCUCGGCACCAAGCACCGGGCGAGCGGCGACACCGGGGCCAUGGCCAUGGCCACCGUGGCGGCGCCGUCUGCCUGGGCCCUCGGGGUCUCGAGCCCGGCCGCCGCCCCCAGCUCCUACGGGGUGUUCUGCAAAGGGCUCUCCCGCACGCUGCUCGCCUUCUUCGAGCUGGCCUGGCAGCUGCGCUCGAAUUUCCCGUACUUCUACGUCGCGGGCUCCGUCAUCCUCAACAUCCGCUUGCAGGUACAUUUCUAGAGUCGCGAUUACGCUAACGGUCUCCGGACCGGCACCAUGGCGGACUCCCAGGAGGCCCCGCGACGGAGCGGAGCGGAGCUGUGGACGCGGCCUCCUGGGUCUCGCGAGAGUGGCCGGACGCCCCGCGCGGCUGUGCUCGCCGCCGUCCGCCGAGCUCCGGGACGGCCUCGGGAGUCCUGCCGGGACCGGGGAGGACAGACGGGAUGUCCAGCAACAGGGGAGAAUUUAAUCACGGCCCACGACAAGAUCUAAGAAGCUGUGCGCCCUUAAAAACAAAAUCAGGACGAACAGGAUGCGUUAUAUCAACAACAGAAGGCGACUGAAUUUUUCAGGAAACCAAUGUAACAUACAAGUUCAUGGCUCAAAUUAAGAUUUUAAAAAAUCACCCAUUUCGGGAAUUUGGGGUUGACUUGAAAGCAAGAGACUGAAUGAGUGAAGAAGCUGAAGAUCUUAAGGAUAUGACGUGGAAGGCAUGUAUUUCCUCAUUCCCCCAAGAGAAAAUGACAGUCAGAUUUUCAGUGAGAUUAAAAAAAGCUGUACAGGAAAAGCAUCCUUCCGAUGUCAAACAGUGUAAAACGCUGCAGGAUUUUGAGCAGAGGGUUGGAGUGCAAUGUAAGGCAGUGGACACUGUUUCGGCGUCCCUGUGAGUGGCCCGGUUCCAGACCUCGGCGCCAAAGAAAAGGAAACCCAGUUCAGCACAAAGCCUGACUAUUUAAUGAAUAACAUUUAAAUAACCAGAAUAAUUUAUGCAAAUGCUGUCUAUCGUCUUUUUCUUUUAAGAGGAUACUUAAUUAUGGGUACAAAGUAGAAUACAAGUGUGGUCACCCGUGAUCAUGUGACAGUACAGUUUUCAGGGGCGGGUGUUGAAGGGAGGAGAGGAAGGGAAAUGGAGUGGUAGUGGGGUCUUUAUGUAAAGUGGGAAGUUGAAAGAUACAGUCCUGCUCACGAGGAAAGAAGACUUUUUGUGAGAGAGUGGCCAUAAGGUUGCUAAAAUAGCAUUGGAACUAUUAAACAGGGAGGAGAGCAGAAGAGAACAGCAGUAAGUCAAUGAAUGCUUAAAGACGGAGUGUCAGGUGGCAAGUCUCAAAAGAAAAACUGAAUGCCUGAUAUGUUGGAAUAUAGAGUUGAGAUUUUGAGUGUCUCAGAGAGUCUGGAGAUGAAUUAGUGGUCUGCAGAUGUUUAUUUUUAUUGUUUUUAAUAAGAAAACAAAGCUGAGGCAAUUAUGAACCCAGGAAAAAUAAAAGCUUGUUCAGGAACUAUGCUGCAUACCUCAACUGUGAAUAACACUUGUCAUAAAGUCAGUCAUAAUUAUGUUAGCACUGAAUAUGGAUACAACACGAUUAUGUAACAUGGGAGGGGUGGAGAGGAGAGGUGUGUGUAAUGGGGAAGAAUCAGUCAAUAAAACAAUAUUGGGCAUGUUAUUUUUUUUAAAAAAAACUGCAAUACAAGGCAGCUAAGAGUUAAAAGUGGUUGUCUGAAGAAAAAAAUCAGGGAUGGAAAGAGAAAAGGUGGAAGACAGCUGUUUUCUGCCACCAGUCUAACAGUAUUUUGAUUUCUCUUUAUUUCUUUGAUUAAAAAUUAAAUAAAUUUUA